AUGACCAGUGAACAUGAUACUAUUGAAGAAAUCAGCUUUGCAAACAAUAAAAUUAAGCAGCUAAAAGAAAACAAUUUUCAGUCUAUCAAUGCGGUUAAUGUAAUUUUGAAAGGAAACCAGCUGAAAAACAUUGCCAGAAAUGUGUUCACAAAUUGUAAAUUUGUCAAGCUAGAUAUAAGCGAUAACACAGAAUUGGAGAGCUUAGAUGACAACGCUUUUACUGGAAUAACUUUUUUGCGUAAACUAGAUUUAUCGCGUACAAAAAUUUCUUCUUUACCAUCCAAUGGUUUGAAGGAACUGGAAACACUGAUCUUGGAGGGUGCAGAGGAAUUGAAGAAGUUGCCACCAAUUCUCGCAUUCACUGCGCUAAGAAAAGUUAAAUUUACCUAUGCGCAUCACUGUUGCCUCUUUAAGCAUGCAAUUCGUGAAGUUGUGGCUAACGGCAACGAUUAUUUUGAAAACAUCGAAAGUAUUAAAAGUCGAGUCUGUGGUGACUAUCAAACGUACAGAACAAGUAAAAGAAGAAAGCGAAAUAUUAAUACUUACGGUAAACCAGUCACAGAAAACUGGAAAAGUGUUUUUGAAAUAUUUAAAGACUCUGACAUUAGUGGUGGGAUUGGCGAUGAAGAUGACACAAUUGAAAUUGACGAUAGUCAGGUGGAAUUUUUACCAGCUUUUGGAGAUGCAGAAGUUGGUUCAACUUUACAUUUCAAUUGUACAAGAAACGCUGUUCGAAACUUCUACGCUUCAAUUGAUUGUUCGCCAAUACCUGACGCAUUGAAUCCAUGUGAAAAUGUAGUUGGCUAUCAGCCUCUACGUUACGCAAUAUGGUUAAUCUGGAUAGCCGCUAUUAUAGGCAACAUAGGAGUCUGGAUGGUUUUAUUCAGUUUAAAACAGAAUCGAAUGCAUACUCAUUACUUUUUUAUGGCAAAUCUUUCAACUGCAGAUUUGCUGACAGGUGUAUAUUUGGGAAUGCUAGCAGUCGUUGAUGUUCGAACAUCGGAUGAAUAUUACAAUUAUGCUGUAGAGUGGCAAACUGGCAUUGGAUGUAAAAUUGCAGGAUUUAUUUCAGUUUUUGCAUCAGAACUUUCAAUAAUGUCGAUGUUUCUGAUUGCUUUCGAGAUGUGGUUUAACGUCAGAUAUGCUUUUUACGGGCGGCGAUUCAAAAGAAGGAUUGCAUACUUAUCCAUUGGAAUUGCCUACUUAUUUUCGUUCACUUUAGCAUUGCUUCCUAUUUACGGCUUAUCCUCUUACACUGGAACCAGUGUUUGUCUUCCGCUUACCAUCAACAAAUUUUCUGAUAAAGUUUUUUUGGUAUUUGGACUGUUUUUCAAUCUGUUCGCUUUCAUAUCUAUGGCAUUAUGUUAUGCAUCGAUAGUUAAAAUGCUAUUGAAUCCAGAGCAACCGUCAAGGCCUGAAGACAAAAUUGUGAUUGUCAAAAUGGCGUUGUUAAUUUUUACCGACAUGCUUUGCUGGUUUCCGACGCUUUUUUUCGGUAUAACAGCUUCGUUGAGUGCUCCACUGAUCAGCAUCAGCGUUGCAAAAAUAUUCCUCGUGCUCUUUUACCCCAUUAACGCAUUUGCUAAUCCGUUUCUCUAUGUAUUCUUCACCAAAGUAGUGCAAACCAGCUUGAAACCUUGUAUAGUGUCGUUUCGGAAACGAAUAUCGCAACAAGCGUUCAGAAGUGAACGGACGUCAAGGUACUUACGGAUGUUGCCUCGAAAUUCUUUACUGCCUGGUUUACCAUACCAUGACGAAUUGAGUAAUAUGCCAGAAACGCCAGAUAAAUGCUAUAUGUCGAAACGUGGAAAAAUGUUUAUAAUAACCAAUCCUCGAAUAUCAACUGCACCUGAAAUGAGUGAUAUUUCAGAAAAUUCUUUUUCUGAAGAUCAAAGUCUUUCUCGUAAUAAUACCACAAACAAUAAAGCUUAUUUACAGACUGCGUUGUUUAAAGAUGAUAUUGAUAUUUCUGCUACUGCUGAAAUGAAUGAAGACAGUAAAGAGCCUCUAUUUUCGCAAAUUUUGCCAGAAAAUCAGUGA